UUGGAGGGGAAGUGACGCAGCUGAGGAGAAGAUGGCGGCUGCAGUGACUCUCCCAUCUUCAUCCACGGCCUCGGCUACGGCAGCGGCAGCGGCAGCAGCUCUGGGAGAGGUGGAGGAUGAAGGACUCCUGGCAUCGCUCUUCCGGGACCGCUUCCCCGAGGCUCAGUGGCGGGAGCGGCCCGAUGUGGGCCGCUACCUCCGGGAACUGAGCGGUUCAGGGUUGGAGAGGCUGCGGCGCGAGCCCGAGCGCCUGGCCGAGGAGCGGGCACAGCUGCUGCAACAGACGCGCGACUUGGCCUUCGCCAACUACAAGACCUUUAUCCGUGGCGCGGAGUGCACUGAGCGUAUCCACCGCCUCUUCGGCGACGUGGAGGAGUCGCUUGGCCGCCUGCUCGAUCGCUUGCCCAGCUUCCAGCAGAACUGCAGGAACUUUGUGAAGGAAGCUGAGGAGAUCAGCUCCAACCGACGGAUGAACACCCUGACUCUAAACCGGCACACAGAAAUCCUGGAAAUUCUGGAGAUCCCUCAGCUUAUGGAUACCUGUGUCCGGAACAGCUACUAUGAAGAGGCCCUGGAGCUUGCAGCCUAUGUACGGCGAUUGGAAAGGAAAUACUCCUCCAUUCCUGUCAUCCAGGGCAUUGUGAACGAAGUGCGCCAGUCCAUGCAGCUGAUGCUGAGCCAACUAAUUCAGCAACUGAGGACCAACAUCCAGCUCCCUGCCUGCCUCCGUGUCAUUGGCUACCUACGGCGCAUGGACAUCUUCACUGAAGCUGAGUUAAGAGUAAAGUUUCUUCAGGCCCGAGAUGCUUGGCUCCGUUCCAUCCUGACUACAAUCCCUAAUGAUGAUCCCUAUUUCCAUAUCACAAAAACUAUUGAAGCCUGCCGAGUCCACCUCUUUGAUAUCAUCACACAGUACCGUGCCAUUUUCUCAGACGAGGACCCACUGUUGCCAACUGCCAUGGGGGAGCACACUGUGAAUGAGGGUGCCAUCUUUCAUGGAUGGGUGCUGCAGAAAGUUUCACAGUUCCUGCAGGUGCUGGAGACUGACCUUUACCGGGGGAUAGGAGGCCGCUUGGACUCUCUGCUGGGCCAGUGUAUGUACUUUGGGCUGUCAUUCAGCCGGGUGGGGGCUGAUUUCCGGGGUCAGUUGGCUCCUGUUUUCCAGCGGGUGGCCAUCAAUACUUUCCAGAAAGCAAUUCAGGAAGCAGUGGAAAAAUUCCAGGAUGAGAUGAAUUCCUAUACCCUCAUCUCAGCUCCAGCCAUCCUGGGCAGCAGUAACAUUCCUGCUGCUGUGCCAGCCACUCAACCAGGGACACUGCAGCCACCAAUGGUACUUUUAGACUUCCCUCCCCUUGCAUGCUUCCUCAACAAUAUUCUGGUUGCCUUCAAUGACCUGCGUCUCUGCUGCCCUGUGGCCCUGGCACAGGAUGUCACUGGUACCUUGGAGGAUGCCCUUGUUAAGGUAACUAAAAUAAUCCUGGCCUUCCAUCGCGCAGAAGAGGCUGCCUUCAGCAGUGGAGAACAAGAGCUCUUCGUUCAAUUUUGCACUGUCUUCCUGGAAGACCUUGUUCCUUAUUUAAAUCGUUGUCUUCAAGUCCUUUUCCCACCAGCUCAGCUAGCACAGACUUUAGGCAUUCCACCCACUCAGCUUUCCAAGUAUGGAAACCUUGGGCAUGUGGACAUCAUCCUUAUCCAGGAGCCUCUCGCCUUUAUCCUGCCUAAGAGAGAGGUGGUCUUCUCUCUAGAUGACAAGGAGCUAGCAUCCAAACUCACAGAUUCUGCACCGCAGCCUCCUGCUGAGGAGCCGAGAAUGGAUCCAAGAGGAGAACAGGUGGAGUGGCAGGCAAGAGGGUGGACAGCCCGCAUCAUCCAGCAUGAGAUGGACCACUUGCAAGGCUGCCUGUUCAUUGACAAAAUGGACAGCAGGACAUUUACAAACAUCCACUGGAUGGAGGUGAACGACUGAAGCUUUCCUGCUGGGGCUGAGGAUCUGGAAAGACUAAAUGCAAAUACCUGAAUUUGAGCUGGGAAUAUCUUAUUUGCCUUCAACUUGGUAUUGGUCCUGAUAUGAAAGAAAACAGUGGACUUCCAGAGCAUAUUGAACUGAGUUAGAGGAGAAUCUUAGAAAUGUUUAUUCAAGUCAGGUUUGGACAAAAUAUUGCUACAAUUUGAGAAAAAUAAUCCCCCUGAAAUGGAUGUUUCCUGACAUUUUUGUAUGGAGAGAAGAGGGGCAAGUACAUAACCAUUCUCAACAGUGAUAUCAUAAGACCUGUAUAACCUACUUCCAAAGCCAAGAUUUCAUAGUAACACAGUUCCCAAAUAUUAGAAAGCUGUGUUUUAAAAUGCAGGUAAGGGGGCUGAGGCUGUAACUCAGUGGCAGAGCACUUGCCUAGUAUUCGUGAGGCACUGGGUUCAACCCUCAGCA